AUGGGAUUCAGCUCGUAUCCGUCGUUGGGGUUCCUGCAAGACUUGGAGGACAAGCGGAGGGACGAGGAGGACGAGCGGUCUCGCAAGAAGGACGAGGCCAAGAUCAAGAAGAUGAUGAAGGCGAACCUGCCACAGCAGAUCCUUGCCAUCAACGCCACCAACGACCCCAUCCCCAUCCGACGCAGGACGGAGCUCAGCCUCCCGGCACCUCAGGUCAGCGAUGGGGAGCUGGAGGAGCUGGUCAAGAUGGGCGCUCAGGCCCAGGCGCAUGCCGCUGGAGGGUCGACGUCUGCACUGCUAGGGGACUACUCCGAGGCCAUGCCCACGCCUACUCCCAUGCGAACUCCCGCUACGCCCGUCGGCGAAGACGUCGUUAUGCAGGAAGCGCGCAACCUCGCUGUCCUCUCCUCUGGACAAACGCCCCUGCUCGGCGGCGAGAGCCCUCACCUACAAGAAGGGACCGGCUUCGGCGGCAGCGCGCCCAGGCAAAACAGGAUGACCACCCCCAGCGCCAUGGGGGCGGGGGGCGGCGGCGGCGGCGGCGGCGGCGGCGGCGCGGGGGGGAUGGGAGGCUCUACCCCCGUGCCGGGGACGCCUUCGACGCUGGGGCUUAACGACGACGCGAGCAUGGCCAGCAUGUCCCCCAUGGGAAGCGUCUCCUCCUUCGGCGGGGGUCCCGUGGGAUCGAAGGAGGAGAGGGCCAGGGAGAGGCGCAAGAAGGAGGAGCUCCGCGCGAAGCUGUCGGGCCUCCCCGCCCCUCAAUACGAGUACGAGCUCGUCGCCCCUGACGUAAUGGAGGAGGCUGACGGGGCCCCUCUGCGAGAAGAAGACGCUGCGGACCGCGACGCUCGGCUGCUGGCCGAGCAGGCCGCCCGCGAGGAGGCGGAGUUCCGCAAGCGCUCGCAGGCGGUGCGCCGAGACCUGCCCCGCCCCGGUGUCUCUGUCUGA